UCUCUUUAGAGCGUAAACGUUAAAAUACUAGCAGCAAUGCAUCGAGUGUGAAAUACAUAGAGCUUAUAACUACUUUCCUUUGUCUUUUAAAAUUAUUUAAUUUCACUUUAAUAUUAUUAUCGUUUCUUCUAACAAACGAGAGAGAAAAAUAAACAUUUUUAUACAUAUCCGAGUGAUUAAAAAAAUUAUUAACAAAAAAAAAAGAAGUAAAAUUUUAAGAGUGAUAUUUACGACAUACAUCCAACAUUGUUGUAAAUCAUCAUCAUCACAAUAGAACAUUGGAAAGAAUAGAGGAAGAAAUUAAUUAUCAAUAAAUAACAAAGCCACAUCAUGUCCGUUUUCGGCCUAGUUUCCGCGGUCGCGGGUUUUGUUAAAGUACGAUACCUGGUUGAUAAAGCUGUCAUCGACAAUAGUAUCUUUAGGUGUCAUUAUAGAAUAACAAGUGCCCUGUUGUUUGUAUGUUGUAUUAUUGUCACUGCCAAUAAUUUAAUCGGCGAUCCUAUUAACUGCAUCAAUGAUGGAGCGAUACCAACACACGUUAUAAAUACGUAUUGUUGGAUUACGUACACGUAUACAUUGCCGGGAAUGCAUGGUCAACCUGUUGGAACUCAUGUAGCGAGUUCAGGAUUAGGAAAUGAAUAUGGACAAGAGAGGACAUUCCAUAGCUACUAUCAAUGGGUUCCAUUUUGCUUGUUCUUUCAAGGAAUACUUUUCUAUAUUCCUCAUUGGAUUUGGAAAAAUUGGGAAGAAGGUAGAAUGCGAAUGAUAACUGAUGGAUUGAGAGGUGUCCUCACAAUGUCACAGGACGAUAGACGUUCUCGACAAAAUCGUCUAGUUCGUUAUUUGGUUGACAGUAUGAGGACGCAUAACACAUAUGCAUUUGGCUAUUUCUUCUGCGAAUUUCUUAACGUUUGUAACGUGAUCAUUAAUAUAGUUCUGGUAGACAAAUUUUUGGGUGGCAGUUUCUUAAGAUAUGGAACAGAUGUUAUAUCAUAUUCUAAUAUGAAUCAAGAAAAUCGUUCUGAUCCAAUGAUUGAAAUAUUUCCACGAAUCACCAAAUGUACUUUCCACAAAUAUGGUGCAUCUGGCUCGAUUCAGAAGCAUGACUCAAUAUGUGUUCUUGCCCUUAACAUUCUCAAUGAGAAAAUCUACAUCUUUUUAUGGUUCUGGUUCCUCUUUGUUGCUGCUUUAACUAUUUUAGCAUUGAUUUAUUCAAUGGUCAUUCUUAUGAUGCCAACAACACGCGAGGCAGUUCUACGUCGUCGUUUACGUGAAGCACCAAAUGGAAUUGAACGUUUAAUUCGUCGCAUUCAAAUUGGAGAUUUUCUCAUAUUACAUCUAUUAGGACAAAACGUUAAUGUUAAAUCAUAUAGUGAAAUAUUAUCGUCAUUAUUCCAUAAUUUGUGUGGGGACGGAGAUACUCCAUCAGCACCUUCAACUCUCGAAAUGGCACCAAUUUAUCCCGAAAUUACCAAAUAUGGCAAGGAAAGUGAAACAUAAAGUGCAAAGAAAAAAGGUUAUCUCGUGCAUUACGAUUAAUUUAUGAAAAAGUAGAAGAAUAGAAUCGGUACUUGCACUGCCACCCACCAUUUUAAGUAAAGAAGUAUUAGAAUUUAGCAUGUGCCGGUGACAUUUCAAAGAUCAUCAAAACUUUUUUCCAGUUAGUGAAAGCAUUAAACAAAAUUGUGAGAAUUUAUAUAUUAGGCAAUAAGUGCGCGAUUAAUUCUAAUAUUUUUUUUUUCAAAAUCUCCUUUUAUACUACUUCUACAUAUUUCCAAAAGAACUUUUUCUUAUGUAUUAAAAGACUGUUUCGGUUAAUAGUGAAUGGAUCAAAAUUAUUUGCUGAAUGUUGAGCUAUAUAGUAUAUAUUUUUUUGGAAAUUAUUGCGUGC